AUGAAGAAUGUAAAACGUUUGUGUCAUACAAAGAGAUUGCUAACAGUCAAUGGCAAGUAUCCAGGACCUACUAUUUUCGUUCAUGAAGGUGACAAGGUGGAGGUCAAAGUCACUAAUCGGAGUCCCUGGAACACUACUAUCCACUGGCAUGGAGUACGGCAGCUAAGGAGUGGUUGGGCAGAUGGACCAGCAUACAUAACUCAAUGCCCCAUAGUUCCAGGAGGAACUUACACUUACAAAUUCAGCAUUAUUAACCAAAGGGGAACCUUAUGGUGGCAUGCUCAUCUCGCCUGGCAACGCGCCACAGUCUACGGUGCUUUUAUCAUCUACCCUCGAAUGCCUUAUCCAUUUUCAGCCCCCGUUGAGGCUGAAAUCCCUAUAGUCUUUGGUGAGUGGUGGAAUGGAGAAAUUGAAGAUAUAGAAAGUGACAUGAAAUUAUAUGGAAGUGGUCCUGAUUCUUCUGAUGCUUAUACAAUCAAUGGCUUGCCAGGACCCUUAUAUCCUUGUUCUGAAAAGGAUACAUUCAUUCAGACAAUUGAGCGAGGCAAAACCUACCUACUUAGGAUCAUCAAUGCAGCACUAAAUGAUGAACUCUUUUUCGCCGUGGCAAACCAUACGUUAAAAGUAGUCGAAAUUGAUGCUGCUUACACAAAACCCUUUACCAUAAAAGCCAUAAUGGUGGCCCCUGGACAGACCACCAAUGUCUUAAUCACUUCAAAUCAAGUUCCUGAUUCGACUGGAAUGUUUGUCAUGGCGGCCAGGCCUUAUCUUUCUUCAGUUUUCCCAUUUGACAAUUCCACCACAAUUGGUUUCCUUAAAUACAAAAUCCCAGAUGAAAAAAUAACCAAUGCCCCUGUUAAAUCUUUUACUUUGCCUUCCAAUUUACCCCAAAUGGAAGAUACCCCAUUUGCCACCGAAUUCGCCAAGAAACUUCGAAACUUAGGAUCACCUGAGUACCCUUGCAACGUGCCUAAAAAAUUAGACAAGCGAGUAAUUACAACAAUUAGCCUUAAUCUUCAAGAUUGUCCUGUUAAUCAAACAUGCAAAGGGUUUAAAAACAAAAAAUUCUAUGCAUCAAUGAAUAAUCAGUCAUUUGUUCGGCCUUCGAUUUCAAUUUUGGAAUGUCAUUACCGAAACUUAUCCACCACUAUGUUCUCCAGUUUCCCUGAACGGCCUCCUCAUCCUUUUAAUUAUACAGGGGUGGAUCCAUUAUCCGAGAAUCUGAAUACUGAAUUUGGUACUAGGGUCUUAGUCGUGCCAUAUGGCACGAGACUAGAGAUUGUGCUACAAGACACGAGUUUUUUAAAUCCAGAAAAUCAUCCAAUACAUGUACACGGUCACAACUUUUUCAUUGUGGGGAGGGGAUUUGGAAAUUAUAAUGUUGAUCGCGAUACUAAGUAUUAUAAUCUCAUUGAUCCACCUGAGAGGAACACAGUGGCUGUUCCUAUGGGAGGGUGGGCUGCAAUUAGGUUAAUAGCAGAUAAUCCGGGAGUUUGGUUCAUACAUUGUCAUUUAGAGGAACAUACUUCAUGGGGUCUUGCUAUGGGAUUGAUUGUUCAAAGUGGUCAGCAUCCUUCUCAGUGCUUGCUUCCUCCACCUGAUGAUUUUCCCAGAUGUUGAGUAUAAAUCGCUACUUUAUUACUAGUUUUGUUUCUGCUAGAUUUUGGCUUUAUAUUAGUAUUAGCAUUUCCUUCUAUGUUUUCUUUCCCUACCCUUUGUAAAUUCAGGGUUCUUGAUAAUGAGAAAAGUUGUAUAUUUCAGUGCUUCACUUCCUCUGCUUUUCAAAGUUUUUGCUCUACUGAUCUUAACAAGGAAAAAGAGAGAAAAUUCUUUGGAUGGUCAUCCAAUUUAUGAAGACAACAUAUUAAAGCUAUU